UAUAUAAUUUUCUUUUAGUGACAAAGAGAAAAAGCGCGCACGAGAAGUCAACAACUUUUCUCUUUGUUUCAUCCAACUUUUUUUUUUCGGGAGACAUCUUAAUGGAAAAAUAGUACAAAAUACAAGAGAAAGGUCUUUUCUUUCUUUCUCCCGCUUCCUUACACCGAGCUUUCCCUCCUCUCAGUUUUAUCCCAUAUAUACAAAAUUCUUUCUGCUCAGCAGAGCACAUAUACACACCAUCCCAACAUUUUCCGACAAUCAAUCUUCCACGUGAUUGAAAAGCAGAAAAUUACGUAUAUAUUUUCGCGAUGAGGUGUUUCCCUACACCUCCCCGGCCACCCUUCUCAGUAAACAUCCGAUGGCAUCCAAUACGAAUCUUCCUGACUCAUCAACGCUUUUCUUCUUACAUUAUACACACAUUCUAUUUUUCAUUGCAUUACCCGCAUUAGCCACCCACUUGGAAAUGCAACAACAAAGUACUCAGAAAACAGAAAAUUUAAUAAUAGAACGUCAUUUGCGAUAGAUGCAACACAAACUGCAACACUUUGAAAGAAGUGAAAGUUGUGUACAAAAUGGAUAAAUUGCUUUCCCGCGAGAAAAAAAAAUGUGAAUAGAAAGGAAGAAGGAAAUAUGCGGGGAAAAGCAAAUCUUUCAUGAAAUAUAUUGCAAAUGCUCAAUGAGAAAUGGUAUAAAAAUAAAUUGGUGGUAAAAUAUAUUACAAGUCUCCUUUCUUCUAAUUCUCACAGCACUCACUAAUGGUUGAUUUCUCCGUUUUGAACCCAACACAUCAUCAGACAACACAUUACCACCGUCUCUGUAAAUCACAAAGGAUUUCUUCUCACAUGCGUGGAAUAUUAACACUGCCUCGUAUUUUAUUUAUAACCUAAUUUAAAUUAUCGUUUUGAGCGAUUUUUUAAAGAAAUUUUUGAAUAUGAUAGAAGACAAAGAAACCCUCUAAAAAUUAACUCUUUGAUCACAUCGAUGCUCAGUUGUACUAAAUUUGCUUAAAAAAAGAUCUUAUGUUGAAAAGAAUUUUAAUUUAGAUCAAGAGGUAUUUAUGUUUUUUUUUAGUCUCAAAUUUGUAGAGACUGAAGAGCAAAAGCCUAAAGAGUACUAAAUUUUAGACAAAAAUGUGUUUAAUUUAGUACUUUAUAGGCUUAAAUUUAGUACUUUUCUCAUUGUAUUCAGUAUACUUUUUUAGCUACAACUUAGUACGUUUUCCGAUUAAAUUUAGUACUUCAGUAUUUUUUUUAAAUUCAUUUUAAGAAGUAAAAACUUAACAAUUAAAAGUAUUAAAUUCUAGUCGAAAACAUAUUAAAUUCUAGCGUAAAAUAUAGUAAAUUCUAAAUGAAAAAGUUCAAUCGGAAAAAGAGUACUAAAUUUAAACGCGAAUAAGUACCUACUAAAUUUAAGCCUAAAAAGUACUAAAUUCAAUCCUGAAAAGUUCUUUAAAAAACAGUUAAUUUAAACCAAGAAAGUAGUAAAUUCAAGCUGCAGAAGUACUAAAUUUUAGCUGAAAAUUAGAAUAUUCAGAUCUUUGGAAAUAUUGUGAUUAUUCGCCUAAACAGUCAAAAUAUUCGGCAGAUAAUCAGCCCUUGAUUUAAGUAUAAAUAUAAUUAAUUAGGUAAUUAAGGUAAUGAACAUCUUUGCUCUAUUUAAUGCAAAAUGCAGACUGAAGAAAUUCUGAUAUUUUAUCGGUAAGUUCUUGUUCUGAAAAUUGUCUUUUAUAAUUUUUUUAUGGAAGCCUGAGGAAGAGCAAAAUCCAAGCCAUCGAAAGGUCGAAACACAAUAGAUUCGUAAAAAUAAAUUAGAUCGUUUUCAAGCUUAAAAAUGUUCAAAAAAUCAUGUUGUUCCUAUUAACUUUCUUCAUGUAUUGUGCAUGAUGUCCUUUUCAGAUACUCAAAAUCAGAGAGAAAAUAUAGCUAGAAUUUUCCCAGGUAUAAUAGAAAAUUCCUAAUGAAGAAAUUUAAUUGAAAAAUAAGGAGAAAAUUUAAUUCUAUUGAAUAAUUUGAAAUUUUUCCUCUCUAUACGUUCAUUUUUCUCUGAAGAUCCUUGCUUAUCCUCCUUUAAUAAAUAGAAGAAAAUCAUUGAAUUUUCCUUAUAGAAAGUUCUUUACAAAAAAAAACCUGCAGAAAUCUGACUCAAAAUUCUUCUCAGGAACUGUUUAAAGCCUUUAGCUUGUGCGCAUCAUAAACGCGGGGAAAGUGUUGAACGUCUAUGAAGACACACAUAAAAAAAUAAAGAAAAUGUGCUCACAUAGACCAUCGACCAGUCAUCGCAACUAACGUAGAAAAAUCUAAAUAUAAAUCCCUCGAGUUUCACAAUACGUACAACAUUUCCACAUCCAAAGGAGAUACAUCUCUUCACAACGAACCUCAUCUCUUUCUCAGAAUGUGGUGAAUUUUCAUCGAGAGAACACGCCUCUAUUGAGAUAAAUUUUCUUGUGUGUUAAAGAAGCUAUAUACAUAUUUCAAUCAAAUUGAGAAAGUUUUCCACCCCCCGUGUCUCCGGAGAGUAUACAAAGAGAUUCCAAGGAAUUUUUAGGGAAGAAAACUUUCAUUCUUCCAGGCAUUUUCAAAGUGUUGUGUGUGUGCUAUGUGAGUGGAGAAAUGGGUGAUUCUUGUGAAGGAAAUCGUGAUAAAAGUUCCCGUGAGAGUGAAAUGGAGGAAUUUAGGCAGAAUCUACGACAGAAACGUGAACAACGUCAUACAGUUAUUGCCAAUUUUCGUGAAAAACUCCACAAAUUGGAGGGAGAAAAUGCAAAAUUGCGCGAAAUUUGUGCCCGAGAGGGUAUUGUGGUGGAUUUUCCUGAGGAUACAGCCGCGAAAUCAGCUGAUACACCACAAAAUUCAUCAAGCUGUGCCACAUCUCCAGACGACAGUGACCAUCAGCAGGAUGAUGAUGAUGAUCACGUCACGAGUAUCAAGUCCAACUUGGCAGAAGCCCAACAUGAGUUGCAAUUAGCAAAUGCAAACGUCCUCUCGUUGACAUCAGAGUUGAGUGCAAUCAAACGACAGGUGGUCUCACUAAAGGAGGUGAAUACAAUAAGUAAACAACUAAUGGAGAUUCGGGAAGCUGAAGUGAAUCAACUGAAAGCUAAAUUGAGAGAUAUCGAGGUGUCACUGGCUGACCGAGAAAUGUUGAUAAUGUCCGAGAAUCUACGGAAUGAGUACAUGCGGCAGUUGGAGAAUAUGAAGAACCUGAGGACACUGUACGAGCAGAGAGCCAGGACGGCCGACUUGGAGAUUGAAGCGCUGAAAGAGCGCCUAAUUGCCAGUGAAAAUCGAUUGAAAGAAGAAGUUGACAAAAAUCAAGAGCAGGAGAAUCACAUUCAACACCUCGAGAAGGAGCUUUCAAUCACACAAAAUCAAUUGACCGACUCAAAGUGUGAAAUUGAAAAUCUCCAAACUGAAUAUGGUGCCAUCAAUCAACUAUUUGGACGCAUGCUAAUGGGUUUCAAUUCGGGAAAUGACAAUUUGGAUAUAGAUAAAUUGACGGAAAUCCUCGAGGAUCAUCGUCUCCUCCUGUGUGACAUUACAAACAACGAAGAUUCCCUAAUUGCAAAUAAUUUCCUGCCCAAAGUUCUCUGUGAUUUAGUUACCCAAGCAACGGGUGAUGGUGAGGACAAACAGACGGAGGACCAACCUACCGUCGUCCCCCUUGAGGAUUCAUCAUCAUCACCAUCAAAUGCCAAUAGAAAAGAAAUCACAACUACAGAAGAAAUUAUUGGGAAUUUGCCAAAAGUAUGGAGAAUUCUUACGGAAUUAUUGAGCCAUCAGAAGAAAAUUAAUCCUGUGCCACUGCAGGAAAACAGCCAAAAUGAGGAUUGCUACAAAUCUGUUCAGACACCCACGGGCCCACAGCUUGUGCUGAGUGUCAGUAAGACGUACAUUAAGCUGAAGAAUCUCAUCCUGGAGAAGAAAUCCCUGACAAAGGAGACGAAUCGCCUGAAGACGCUCAAUUGCCAUUUGGAGCGGACACUGUCGUCGCAGGAGAAGCGUCUCAGUGCUGUUAGUAUUGAGCUGACAAAGACAUGGCAUUUGGUGAAUCGUCUGCAGCGGCAGCACCGACAGCUGCAUACGCAGGAACAGGUGCUGCGGUAUCAGCUGCAGCAGAAGCGACGCCUCCUGCUGGAGCUCAAGGAAGAGCUCGAGUACUGCCGGCAAAAGUGGGCGAAAGCGCGCGAGAAGAAUGAGGAUUCAGAGCUUCAGUGGGAAUCACUGAGGCGUGAAUUUGCCAAUCGCAAAGAUGGAAGUGCCUCAGCUGAGAGUGGCUACAGCGAUGAUCCCGCCUCGGAGGAAGAGGAGGAAGACGAUGCAAAGAGUUGCAAGGAAGUGGAUUCAGAGGACGAAGUGCAGGAUGGAGAUAAAACUGCCACCACCACCACCCCCAUUAUGCCUCAAAUGAGACUCACAGGAGCAAGUGAAACUCUCGAGGAGAUGUUCAAUCGGAUAAGUGGUGCAGUUCUCGAAAAUCCACUGCAGGAAAUCCCCGGAGACAGCUCUGUGAGUGCUGAAGUUCCCCCAACACCCACUCCCGACGGACCUGAGAUGGAUGGUGGUGGGAAUUCAAUUGCAUCCACAAGCCGGAGUGUUCUUACGGCAAACGAGGAGGAUUACACAGCAAGGCGUGCUGCUCGACUUAAGCGCCUCGAGGAGGAAUGUAAGGUAUUUGUGGCGAAGAUGACGGAAAAUCGAAAUCGUGGCUCACAACUCUCCAAUCAUCUCGACCGUGUUCACAUUCGCUUCGCUGAAACUCACCAUGUGGAUGGGAAUGCAAAUGCUGCGCCCCCUGGUCCCGAAGAAGACCUUCCGGAAUCAAUUGAAACCCCCUCGAAUCGUGCCGAAGAAGCACCAUCAACUACCUCACGGGAAGAGUCUCCUUUGACCACAAAUCCCCGUGGAAUCCUCACAGCCACCGAGGAGGACUACACCACGCGGCGGAGUGAGAGAAUUCAGCGCUUGGAGGCGCAAUGCAGGGAAUUGAUGGACAAAAUGACAGCCAAUCGAAAUCGCGGAGAGGAAUUGAGUGAACAACUCGACGAGAUGCAUCAGCGCUUCUCCACACGAUCAUCCCCUGAGAUUCAACCCCCCGAAACCCCCAGUACAGCCCCACAAGAACCGGAAGACCCCGAUAAGAAUCUCCCAUAACUUUCCCAUCCUCCUCCUAUCAUUGGAAAAAUUCUCCCUUUUCUUACAUUUUUUUCUUAUCUCACUCCCCUCCCUCUCUCUCUCCCUUCCUCCACCAGAGGAGCGAAAUAUAUAUAUUUUUACAUGUUCGUUAAUCGCCAAAGAAUCUUCCAUAUAUGUAUGUAUGUAAUUCUUUUGAGAGAAAAGCGAAAUAUCUUUUGAAACAGUGAGAAAAGUUCUUGUAAAAGUUUUCUUUUUUUCUUGAAUAAAAUAUGCGCUCUCUUUGAAAGAAAA